AAUGUCUCGCACAAUGAGCAGACCAAGAAGUUCGUAUUCUGAAGAUCGAAUUAGAUCAGAUGUUUACAGGAUACCGGGGCUUCCAGUGUUUACAACACGUUCUGCAGAGAAAAGAAACAACGAGAUUUCCUCAAAAAAAUACGUUAUGCAGAACGAGACUGGAGAUGCUUUACACACUGCCUGGUAUAUAAACGAGAAAGGAGACAAAGUUUGGCUCAGGUUCGAUCCUAGCCGCCCUUGUACCUUUUCUACUACUGAAACAAGAUUCUAUAAACCAAAACUCCACAAAUACACAAAAGAUCCUUACGCAGAGAAAAAGAUUCGCGGAACAUAAAUUCGUCAUUCUGGUGGAACUCAAGUAUUAAAAAAAAAACUAUUAUCCACUGAACAAAAAA